AUGUUCGACACAACCUACCGACCGUCUUCCGCUCAGCGCUUGGCGAAUCAGAUGGAGCAGUUGAACGAAGGCCCUGCGCCCAACUGUACAAUGGAUGAUUUAUCAGUGGGCGACGUGUUUAGUUCUCAGAUGGACAUUGACCCGGAAAAGAAUGGAGUCAAGGACAAUGCGUCGAGCAGACUUGGACAUGCGCAAGCCGGCGAAGAUCCAGCACUGAGACGUACAAACCUCCCUCCAGCUGGAGCUCAAGUAUUUCAACUCCAUGAGAAGGCAGCGAGCCGCAGAAAGAAGAAGAAAGGAAAGCGUGCCGACGUUGAAGUUGGGCAUGGUAAUCCGGCUCUGUCCACAGUUCGAGGUUUCACUCCCAUGGCUUCUGGUGAUGAAGACUCCGAUAUGUCUACUGCUGGAUCCCGGGUCAUGUCGCCGCAACUCAAUGCUGUCCCUACCACGAACAUGCCAAGUGGGAUCAGCGCACUGAAACUGCAGCUUGACGCCCUGAGUCUAUCCGAGAGAAUCCCUCGCUCGGGAGACUCUGUCAUUUCGAGUAACGCUAGUGUCUCCUCUGAUAGCGACCGAACCGAAGUUAUGACCAGCUAUGAGGUACCCCUUGAGCACGAUUUUAUCAGCGAGGAAGCUGCUGCGGAAGAGAAGCUGUCCAGCACUCCAAAGAAUGACUUGUGCAGGAAAAUGACCAGUCGCGAUUUUGAACAAUUGAUGUGUCUUGGAAAGGGUACUUUCGGGACGGUCUUAUUGGUACGCCACAAGCCGACUGGCCGUCUGUAUGCUCAGAAACAAUUCCGCAAGGCAUCCAUCACCGUGCACAGAAAGUUAGUGGAGCAGACAAAGACAGAACGUAUGAUCCUCGAAAGUGUCAACCGCCACCCUUUCGUGGUCAAGCUUUUUUACGCCUUCCAGGACCACGAGAAACUAUACCUCAUUCUCGAGUAUGCUCAAGGCGGCGAGUUGUUCACUCAUCUCGCAGCGGAACGCAUGUUUAGUGAAGAUACUGCGGCUUUCUACAUGGCCGAAAUGGUCCUUGCACUUGAGCAUCUGCACCAAACCGUUGGUGUUGUAUAUCGAGAUUUGAAACCGGAAAAUUGUCUUUUGGACUCUGAAGGUCAUUUGCUACUCACAGAUUUCGGAUUAAGCAAAGUUUCAGUCAGCGAUGACGACCGUUGCAACUCAUCCCUCGGCACGAUCGAGUAUAUGGCUCCCGAGGUAGUUCAGGGUAAACCCUACGGGAAGGCCUGCGACUGGUGGUCUCUGGGGGCUCUAGGAUAUGAUUUGUUGACCGGUUCACCACCUUUUAAAGCCAACAAUCAUGCAAAGAUUCAGGAAAAGAUUGUCAAACAGAAGUUGGCGCUGCCAUACUAUCUCGGACCUGAUGCGAAAGACCUGCUCAUCCGGUUACUUCGCAAAGAGCCGCAUAAGCGACUGGGAUAUCAUAUGCCAAAGGACCUGGAUAUCAUCAAGAAACAUCGUUUCUUCCGCAAGAUUGACUGGAAAGCGCUUGCCCGACGCGAGUUAGAGGCCCCAAUCCAACCUCUCAUCACCGACCCUGCUUUGGCGGAGAACUUCUCUACCGAUUUCACUGGUCUGGCUUUGAGCCCUACCUUGGGAGACGAUGUGCAUAUUGGCGAAAUGCUCAAGAAUGUGGGGCUUUCUGCUGAUCCUUCCAACAGCAUGGGUGAAACGGAUCCUUUUCACGGCUUUAGCUUCGUUGCGUCGAGCAGCCUGUUGAACGGUGGAUUCAGCCUCGCCACAUGA